GCUCUGGCUGAGCGACUCGGUGGUGGCGGGAGGGAGGGAGGAGCGGAGCGAUGGCGGCGAGCACAGUUCUGUAGUCCAGACUCCCCGUCAGGAGGAGCCCUCUGCCAUUCCUGAUGCUGAUCAUUUGUGCCACUGAGGCAGGGCAGAGGCAGAGCUGAGGAUGCCUCUCUUCUCCCGUAAGAAGAAACCCAGUGGGGAGGCUCAGAAGCGCCUGGAGUACCAACUGUGCCUGGCAAAAGAAGCUGGUGCUGAUGACACUCUUGACAUAUCCAGAUGUGAGCUCUCUGAGGUUCCUUAUGGGGCCUUUGCAACUUGUAAAGUCUUGCAGAAAAAGGUGCUGAUUAUUCAUACAAAUAAUCUGACAUCUUUAGUUCCAAAGUCCUGCAGCCUCCUGAGCCUCAGAACUCUAAAGGUUCUAGACCUGCAUGACAACCAGCUGGUAUCUCUCCCUCCUGAUAUUGGGCAGCUGACAUCUCUCCAGGUCUUAAACCUUGAAAGGAAUCUCUUAACAUCUCUUCCACAAUCCAUAGGAGACCUUGCCCAGCUCCAGAUGCUCAAUGUGAAAGGCAACAAGCUGAAGGAGCUGCCUGACAGUGUGAGUGGCUGGCAGAGGCUGAGCACCCUGGAUGUCAGUGAGAACUCCCUGCAGGAGCUGCCGCGGGUGUUGGCUCACGUCCGCACGCUGCAGAUGCUGACCCUGGAUGCCUCUUCCAUGAUCUACCCAUCCCCUGACAUCUGCAGGGCAGGUACAGAGGCCAUCCAGCAGUUCCUCUGCAGAGAGUGUGGAAUUGCCUACUACCCUCCUUCACAGGAUCUGCUCCCUGCUCUGGAGAGGGAUGAAGGAGGAACAGCAGUGGAUGGGGUGGACAAGGUGGUGCUUAAGUACUUGGAGGAGGAGAGCGAGUGGCAGAACAAAUUCUUGGAUUAUGAGAAGAGGAAGGAAAGGAAAAUGCAGGAGAAGCUGGAAUUCGAGCGGCGCCUGAACGUGGGGCAGCGUGAACAAGCACUGCUGGUCCAGCAGCUCAGCACGCAGAAGGAUGAGAUCCUGCAGACAGUCAGAGAGGAGCAGCUGAGGUUGGAGGAGGGUCUGACCAAGCACCAGCGCUGGGUGGAGCGGGAGCGCCUGAGGCUGCUGCAGGAGCUGAAGCAAACAGAGCAAGGAAUUGCUGCCCGGGUCCAGAAGCUGCUGCAGGACAACCAGAGGCAGAAACAAAGUUCAGAAAUUCUGAAAUCCUUGGAGAAUGACAGAAUAAGGAUGGAGCAGCUGAUGGCCAUAACACAGGAGGAGACGGAGAAUCUGCGCAGGAGGGAAGUGGCCUCUGCCAUGCAACAAAUGCUGGCUGAGAGCUACAAGAACAAACUCCUCCAGAUGAGCUACGAGUCUCGUCGGCAAGACCUGGUCAGCCAGGCCUGCUCCAGCCUGGCUGAGAUGGAUGAGAAGUUCCAGCAAAUCCUGGCUUGGCAGCAGCUGGAUCAGAACAGAGCUGUCAGUCAGAUCCUGCAGCAGAUUGAGAUGCAGAAAGCUGCCUUUGAAGCUCUCCAACUGAAGAAGGAUCUUAUGCACAGGCAGAUCAGGAACCAGAUUAAAUUAAUAGAAACAGAGUUAUUGCAGUUGACACAGCUGGAGUUAAAGAGGCAAGAACUGGACACAGAGAUGCUGCAGGGAGUGAUCACAGAGCAACGCCAGGCACUCAGCUACCUCCUGCAGCAGCUGCUCAAGGAGAAGAAGCAAAGGGAAGAAGAACUCCAGCAAAUACUGCUGGAGAUGGAGGCAAAGAGUGAAACAAAGCAGGAGAACUACUGGCUGAUCCAGUACCAGCGCCUGCAGAACCAGAAGCCCCUCUCCCUGAAGCUCCAGGAGGAGGGCCUGGAGAAGCUGCUGGUGAACCUUUUACUGGAGCUCUCAGCUGAGCAGUACCUCCCUGUUUUUGCACACCAUCGCCUGUCCUUGCAGGUGCUCAGCACCAUGACUGCCAGUGACCUGGAAAAGAUUGGGGUGGUGGAGGCUGGCCUGCAGCGUGCCAUCCCCAGGAGAGCUCAGGAGAUCCUGGCUGUGGCCAAGACCAUCCCAGAGCUCCUGAGGACAGUGGACACUGAGGUCCCUGCAGGACCAGAACCCAGUGCUCCCUUCGAGGAGGCUCCCAGCCCAGUGGUCCCCACAGCUCCCCCACUGCAGCUGGGUGAGAAGAAGUCUGAGUGUGUCGUCUGCAUGGAGCAGGAGACCCAGAUGAUUUUCCUGCCCUGUGGUCACGUCUGCUGCUGCCAGACCUGCUGUGAGCAGCUCCUCUCGUGUCCCCUCUGCCGCAAGGACAUCACGCAGCGCAUCCGCAUCUUCCACAGCAGCUAGGCAGGGCCUGGCUCCUUGGCACUGCCUCUGCACCCCUUCCCAGCACCACCACCCCUUCCCAGGGCCACAGACCCCUUCCCAGACCAUGUGCCACUUCUGCUCCAUGCCGGUAGCAAACAGACCCUGGCACAGCACUGCCCCGUGCACAGCCCUGGGCUGGCUGCUGCCACCAUCCCCCAGGGGGCUUCUCAGCCUCGGGUUCCCUGUUCUUCUUCUGCAUCCCCUCCUCCUGCCUGCCCACCCACCCAGCAUCCUCUUGCCUAAGAGCUCUGGGUGAUGGAACCAGGUUCCCAUCUCUCCCUUCCUCUCUGGCUCAUGUAUUUGCCUUCAGAAAUGUCCCUUGCUCAGCAGGGACAUC